GGCAGGCGUUGUACAGGAUGGUCAAGAGCGCCGUAAACGACGUCUCCCGCAGCGCUUUCAGAGCUCGGAUAUGGAUGCCGUCGGCUCCACAUGCUUUGGACGCAUCUUGUCUAUCGACAGCUCGACGUGUCUCCUCCAAGGUGAAGGCCGGAAGAGGCUGUUGAUCCGUGUCGAGCCCGUCGUCCGGCAAGGAGUCGGGUUUCUGGGGGGCGAGGUAUCUCGCCCCUAGCACAUC